AUGUGCACAGCAUGUGUACAGCGUGUGAGCAAGUGCUCACUGCCAAGAUUGCUAUGGCUUGGAGUUCCAUUUUGCUCAUCACUCCGGUGCAUUUGUAUCACCCGUAAUGGUCUUAAUUUAUUGGUGAGUAUUAGUGUGCAUAAGUUUGGUCUCAAUGCGUUGUUUAUCGACGAGAAGGACUUUACAAAAUGUAAAUCACGCAAUCCCCCUAAUGCUCUAAAGUCCAACUUCUUAACGAAAAGUUCUAAUACAUUUAAAAACAAGUGUAAUUUUUGGCAUCGCAAAUGUUUUCAAAAAUUUUUACCUUUAAAAGACGGAAAAAAACUUCUACCUACCCACACUUCCACCUCACUUUAA